UGACAGUCAGGAUUGGUCAGGAUACGCCAAAGCUUGUGCGUUAUGUCCACGACUGUCAUAUAGCGAUCGCUACCAAAGCCAUGUUAUGUGCUUUGGCCUUCAAACAGCGAUUUCAGAAAACAAAAGCGACUACGCACGCAACUACAAAUGUGUAUGUACAUACAUGUGAUAGCACUGAUAGCGCACAUUUUUUAACGCAUAUAUAGUGAACAAAUUGUAAGUAAACUAGCGAGUCACGAGUCGCGUUUCCCUGCAUACGUUGCAACGUGUUAAUAGCGCGUAUUAUCCUAGCAUCGCUGAUACAAAGACGGUUUACUGCAAAUAUAAGCGCAUAUAAGUACAAGUGUAUACAUACGUGUGUCCAUAAAUCUUUACUUAGAUCUUAACAUUUGAAGCAAGAAGUUACAAUUUCUACGAACAUUUGAAAAUGAGUACUUUGCAACAGCAAUCGAUCUUAAGAGGUCAGCAGACAGGAAGAAGUCAGGAAAAAGAUUUAGUGCAUGAAUUAUUCAGUCGUGCAGCAAAAGUCCAUCCAAAUCAAACCGCGUUAUAUUACAAAGAUGACGCCGGCCAGGAAUACGUGCUGUCUUUUAAAGAAUUGGAUAACAUCACCAAUCAGUUGGCACGAGCUUUACAAAAGUACGAAAAGAUUGAAACAACUUCUCAGUCAUUAAUAGCUGUCUGCAUGAAACCGUCGCAUCGGCUUCCAACUGUAUUACUUGGUGUACUGAAAGCAGGAAUGGCUUAUCUACCUUUGGACGCGGAAUUUCCGAUGUCUAGAGUGAAGCACAUUCUCGAAGAAGCGCAACCAUUAAUAGUGGUGGUCGAGGAAGGAGCGGAUUUAUCAAUCUAUGAGGGAACUUUAGUCAUAACGUAUGAACAACUUUUGGAGAAAGCUAAACAAGAACAAGAAGAUGCAUUACAAACUAAAGAGAGCUUGAAUCAACUCGCUAUUGUUCUUUAUACUUCCGGAAGUACAGGAAUUCCGAAAGGUGUGCUUAUACCGCAUGCUACUCUGUUGAAUCGUCUACAAUGGCAAUGGAGGGAACUUCCAUACGCUGAUGAUGAAAAACGAUGUGUUUUUAAAACUUCCCUUACUUUCGGCGAUAGUAUUGCCGAAAUUUGGGGACCUCUUUUACAAAGCCGUACCCUAGUAAUUGUCCCGAAAAGCGUGACUAAAGAUCCGGAAAAGUUUAUACCGCUUUUAGAAGAACAUCAGAUACAACGUUUAGUCCUUGUGCCAUCGUUGUUGCGUUCAUUGCUCAUGUAUCUAGACUUGCGAGAUAAUGACAACGUUCUCGAUCGCUUGAAACUCUGGGUCUGUUCCGGAGAAACUUUGUCGGUCGCAUUGGCCAAUCAAUUUUUCACCACGUUUGACAACAAGGACAAGGUAUUAGCUAAUUUCUACGGUAGCACGGAAGUCAUGGGUGACGUUGCAUAUUACCUAUUAAACAAACGGGAACAAUUACAAGGGAUGGAGAAAGUGCCAAUCGGAAAGCCGAUCGACAACUGCAUAAUUUAUCUCGUGAACAAAGACUUGCGACUGAUCCCCCAGGGAGAAGUCGGAGAGCUGAUCGUGGCUGGAAGAAAUCUUGCCGCGGGUUAUAUAUGCGAACGAGACACACAUAAAUUUUUGGACAAUCCUCAUGCCAAUGAUCCAGAAUAUCCAAAAAUCUUCCGUACGGGUGAUUACGCUAAAAUUGUCAAAGAGUCGGUAAUUUACGAAGGAAGAGUGGAUUCGCAGAUUAAGAUCAGAGGUCACCGUGUCGAUUUCACGGAAGUCGAAAAGGUAGUCGCCAGGGUACCCGAUAUUGAUAAUGUUGUGGUUCUCUGUCACAAACCCGGCGAACUGUCACAGGCAUUAAUAGCGUUCGUUACCAUUACGAAUGGCACGACCCUAUCCAGCUCGGAUAUCGAAAAUCUUCUUCAAAAGACAUUACCGCCAUAUAUGUUACCACAAAUUUUUAUUGUUGAUCACAUACCUCUUCUAACAAAUGGGAAAACGGAUCGACAGGAAUUGCUAAGGAGAUACGAAUCAUCUUGCUCUAAUGACGAAGACCACGUUGCUAUGAAUUGCGAUUACACCGGAGUGCCAAGUCAAGAUCUUGCAAAAGCCCGUAUCCUCUUUCCGACCAUCGCAUCCGUAAUCGGACGUAGUAGUCGCACACCGGUAAUGCUAAACGCGAAUUUCUACGAACUUGGUGGAAAUUCCUUGAAUUCCAUUUACACCGUAACCAAAUUAAGAGAUCAAGGUUAUCAGAUCGGUAUCACGGAUU